AUGCAUUUCAGAACACUUAAGGAGUUAGAUACAACUGAAGGCACCGUGCUAUUGUUCAAAGAGAAUCUUGAGGGUGAACGGCAUCACGGCAAUAAUGACCUUAUCCUCUUUCCACAGCCAUCUGCAGAUCCCAAUGAUCCCCUGAGAUGGCCGAGAUGGCGCAAGAACAUGGCCUACGCAUCUGUUUGCGCCUUUGCUUGCACGAACAAUAUUAGCGGAACCGUCUACUCCGAUGUCUUCGUUCUCAUCUCCGAGCACUUCAAUGUAUCUAUCAAUGAAGCCUCCGGGUUGAUCGCCUGGGUAAUUCUUACUCUAGGAGUGUCGAACUUCAUUUGGGUUCCUUCGGCUCUGUAUUUUGGGAAAAGGCCCGUAUUCAUCUUAGCGUGUGCUAUCACGUUUGCAGCAGCUAUCUGGGCAGCGUCAACGGACAGCUUUGCUAGCUUGCAAGCAGCAUGUGUAGUUGGCGGUUUUGGUGGAGGAGCAUCUGAAGCGCUUGGAGCUGCUAUCAUCAACGAUAUUUACUUUCUGCACGAAAGAGGUAGUAAAAUGGCGUGGAAUUUGAUCAUGCUUGCGUUCGGCAGCAGCUUGGGACCUCUUAUAGGAGGAUAUCUUAUCGAAAGCAGAGGUCUGAAAUGGGGCAAAUGGCUCAGCGCUAUAUUUCUAGGCGUUAACCUCCUGAUGAUCAUCUUCUUUGUUCCAGAAACAAGAUUCAACCGGACUAUAAACCCGUCACCGUCAAAUCCCCCCAAUCAGACAACACAGGCAUCAGAGCCAAUGCAAAUUUCCGAGACGGCAACAGAUGCCGAAGCCAGCAGUGGUAUGGACAAGUCUGAUAACGUGCAUCUUGAGAAGUCAACUAGCAAUACCCCUUCAACGUUGUUCCCGACGGACCCUAGCAUACCCCGUAAGCCUUACUUAGCACUGCUCAAUCCUUGGUCUGGAACCACACCUGAGGAGUCGUUCUUCGACCUAAUGUUCCGGCCGGUGCCCUUAAUUGUUUACCCAGCUUGCCUCAUGGCUACGUUUAUCUACUCUAUUUGCCUCGCUCCAACUGUCAUGGUCAACGUUCUGAGUGGCAGUAUUCUAAUACCCCCACCAUACAACUUCAAUGUGGGAAACGUAGGGCUAAUAAACAUUCCGGGAAUGAUCGGCCAAGCAAGCGGUUUUAUAAUCGGCGGUGUUCUUAUUGACAGGUAUUCCGCCUACCGCGCUCGUCGCAAUAACGGUAUCUUUCUUCCUGAGGAACGACUAGCUCUCUUAUUCAUUCCUAGCGCUUUGGUUUUUGCAGGAACUGUCCUUUUCGGCUUCGCUGCGGAGAGACAAAUGCACUGGGCCGUCAUUUUUGUUGCCUAUGGUUUAAUGAGCGUCGGCCUUACGGGCGUUGCUAGCAUUGCCAUGGUAUAUGUGUGUGAUAGCUACUUCCCUGUAGCAGCAGAGUGCUUAGAAUUAAUUAACGGAUUCAAAAAUAUCGUCGCAUUUGGAUUUAUUAGAGGCACUGUGCCGUGGGUCGAAUCCCAAGGCUACGAAAAGGCUUUUGGUACCAUUGCGGGUAUAUUCGCGGCUUUUGUUCUCCUAGCAAUCGCAUUGGUAUUCUGGGGACCCAAGAUCCGCCAUCAUACUUCCACACACUGGCGGUUAAUUAGCUGGGAGAAGGCUCACAUUCACUAA